UCACUAGAAUCCUGCGUGUUGAAUGUUGUAAAAUUCUGUUUGUUGGGUGCCCAAAAUUUCAUACAUUUCGUGUUCAAUGUGCUCGCUGCUUCCAGAACAUUCUGAAAACUGUGUUCCGUGCGACUCGUCCCAUCCAAGAUGCAUCGCCGUUGUUGCCACGGAUGCCCGGCAGGCAGUUGCCAUGAGUCCUCCCACUCCCGGCGCUGCCAGUGUGCUGCCCAGUGGAAGGCUAUGCAGAUGGCCCAGCGAGUCGAGGAGUGUGUGCCCGGUCUCAAUGUCUUCUGUUUGCGGUGCAAUCGGGAGAUUGUGGAUGCCCAGCAGUACCCUCCAUGCGUGUGCGCUUGCGGCUGCCAGGGGGAACUCGAGAUGCAGAACGAGGAGAUCAGUCAGACGGGCAGGUGCCGGCGAAGAAGGAAUAGGCAAAGGAACUGUCAUUGCUGCCAAUGUCAGGACUGCUGCAUCCAGACAGACAUCUCCUACGACACUUGCCUAGGUUCCGUGGACUCGUGCUCACAAACGCCCGAGGCCGAGGCCGAGACCGAGCAGGAGGAGGAGGCGGAGGCGGAGGAGCCUGGGUACGUGACCGUUACUAACGUCUUUGAGGAGGAGGCGGAGCUGACUCACCGCACAGGCGAAACGGAGUACGUGCUGACCGUUCGUCAGUCGGUGACCAAAUUCCCAGACGAUGGCUCCAAGCCGAUGGUGGAAACGACGAAGAUUAACAAGCGGAUGUCCGUUACGCAGUUUGGUGAUAUUUCCGCAGAGGCCACAGAGACCCGGCAGUCGGUGACCGAUUUUAAUGAUGUAACAGAAACUGUCGAACAGUUUACCCACACUUUUCAAAGUGAUCUUAGGCACGAGCCAAAGGACCCACAAAGUGUUCUAAGACACGAAACGAAGGGCGCUAAAAAUGAACAGAAAAACGAGCCAAAGGAUCGUCGGGGUGAUCGAGGCCACGAGCCAAAGGGUCAAGUAUCGUCAAGCGAGCUACGACACGUGUCAAAGGACGCCAAAAUUGAUGGAAGAUACGAAUCGAAGGCCGCUAAAAGUGAUCGGAAACACGAGUCACGAAAAAUCGAGUCAAAGAACCCUCAAAGUGAACGAAAGCAAGAGGAAAAGGAUCUCAUAGCGACUGGUGAUCGAAGACCUGAGUCAAAGAACGCUCACAGUGAUCAGAUAUCAUCGGGGCAACGAUCGAUAGGACCAAAACCCUCAGAUGAUCAAAAAAACUUGUCCGUGAAACGUCUAGAGUCAGGUGAUAGAAGACUGCAACAGGAGGAUAGUCAAGCGUCAAGUGUUCCCAGAAAAAAGUCACCAGGACAUCAAAGUGAAGGACAAUCAACUGGAUCAAACCGACUACAAAGCAGCAACCGAGAAGAUCUUGAAAAUAUGCGAUCGGGAAUGCGACUGGGGAGAUCUAUUUCCGCGUCUGAACCCAUUUCCAGUAGGCAAUAUUUCGAAUCGGAGCCAAGUGUCCUUGUGUACAAGGAGACUGUUGAGACGGUGCAACACUUACCCAUUGAGUCGGAAGUCGUCCAAAAUGCAGACAUAACGGAACAGAUCUCUAAAUUCAGUACGCUAUACCCAUCGGAGUACCAGAGUAAUGUAACCUUGGAAGCAGGUAGCCACAAGAGUAAUGUACCCUCGGGAGGAAAUGUGACUCCGGGUUUUGCGGGCAAGUUACUCCGAAGUGACGUACAUUCGUAUUGGCCUGGAGGAAGUACUGACCCAGACAACGAUAGUUUGGGUGGUAUGUCCGUGCUGCAUAUCAAGACAGUGCAAAGGUCAGAGACGGAAGAAAGAGUACCCGACACUGAGGGCAAAGAGAAGGCUCUCGAGGUUCUUGAGGUGAGAACCGAUGAGUUUAGAAUUAGACCCCCAGAACCAGAGCCAGCGCCAGAGCCAAAGAAGAUUAAGCGUCCAAGAACUGACACCAAGAACAAAUACCCUUCAGACGAUUUGAUACGACAUAUGGUGAAAAAAGGAUACGACUGCGUCCGUUGCUGUGACUACAACUGCUGCUGCAGCUGCUGCUUCCGUGGGUGCUGCUGUGAUUCGUCCUGCUACUCGAACUCCUACGGCUGCUGCAUGAGUCCCUAUUGUCCCUAAGAACCUCCUCUAGCUAAAUACAUUCGAUACAUUCAAUAGCCCAACAUAAUAUUAAUAUAAUCAUCUGCUAGUUCCCUCAAUAAAUAUACCGCCCAACAAACAACAAAA